AUAAAUACCGGAUAGAGAAUAACGCAGUGGCGGUGAACCACCAAAACGGAGGGUGACACUGCCUCCUUGAGUCACAGCGCUGAAUACCGCCGAAGAGGAAAAGGGGAAGGAAUGAUCUCAGCUUCCCGAAACCAUAAAAGGAAAAAGAAAAAGCUAGGGUUUGUUAGAUAGGGAGAAGCCCAGCACCCCUUUCUUUCUCUCCCUGUCGUCUCUCUAUCCGCGUCGCAACCCUGGGGCGAGGAAGCUCGAGAGCGAUCUGCUGGAGUUGUGCGAAUUGGCUUCGGCUCAUGGCCGGAAUGGAGGUUGAUUCACCGCCAGAGCGGAAUCCCCCGCCGUCCCCCCGAGAUCACAUUGUCCAGAGACUUGUUCGGCAAGGGGUUCCCCUGGAGCUGCUCGAACAGUUUCAGCUGGGACUCGUGAAUUUUGUGAAGGAAAACAAAUCCCUUGUUUGGGAGAUUGUGUCUGCCAUCUUACCAACUGAUAUCCAUGUAUCAGAGCCUCAAAGAUUAUCUAAGUCAGAGUCUGGAGGAAGCUCCAGCAGCAUCAAUGUUGAAGAGUUUGGUGAGAGCAUGUUGUGGUUACAAUGGCUCAUGUUUGAGGGUGAACCACAGGCGACUUUGCAGGAUUUGGCUCAGAAAGCUGCUGGCCAACGUGCAGUGUGUGGGGCUGUUUGGGGACGAAAUGAUUUGGCAUACCGCUGCCGAACAUGUGAGCACGACCCAACCUGUGCAAUAUGUGUUCCAUGCUUCGAGAAUGGCAAUCACAAAGAUCAUGACUACUCGAUUAUGUACACUGGUGGUGGAUGCUGCGAUUGUGGAGAUAUUACUGCCUGGGAUCGUGAAGGAUUCUGUUCAAAGCAUAAAGGAACGGAACAGUUCCAACCUCUCCCUGAGGAGUUAGCAAAUUCUGUAGGACCUGUUCUGGAUGCUCUUCUGGUGUGUUGGAAGGACAAGGUUUCUUUAGUAGAGCAUCUAAGUCACCUCAGAGAAGGUGACCACAAAGAUGUGUUUUCCAAUGUUGCAAAUGAGUUAACUUCUGCGGUUGUUGAUAUGUUACUUGACUUUUGCAAAUGUAGUGAAAGCCUUCUUAAUUUCAUCUCAAGAAGAAUGUUUCAAUGUAUUGGUUUAUUAGAUGUUCUUGCAAGGGCAGAGAGGUUCUUGGACAAGGAUGUCGUGAAAAAGCUUCACGAGUUGCUUCUAAAAUUGCUUGGGGAACCUCUUUUUAAGUAUGAGUUUGCAAAAGCUUUCGCAAGAUACUAUCCAGAUACAGUAAAUGAAAUCAUUAAAGAGUGUACGGAUUCAGUGCUUGAAAAGUAUCCACUAUUAUUGAUUUUCUCUGUGCAAAUAUUCACAGUGCGUACUUUGACACCACGACUUGUGCGGGAGGUGAAUCUGUUGGCUGUACUUCUGGGAUGCUUGAGAGAACUUUUUCUUUCUUGUGUUGGAGAGGAUAAUAUUUUACAGGCAAAUAAAUGGGCAAAUCUGUGUGAAACCACAAUUCGUCUGGUUGAAGAUAUACGAUAUGUUUUGAGCCAUGAGGAGGUUCCCAAAUAUAUUGCUCAUGAGCGACCUGAUAUUUAUAGAACUUGGAUCAAACUUUUAAGUCUCGUACAGGGCAUGGAUGCUCUCAAGAGAGCUACAAGUAUUCAUACAGAAGAAGAAAAUGAAAAUCUGGAUGCACCAUUUGUGUUGGGACACCAUCUUGGCAAUGUCCAUGCUCUUUUGGUGCAAGGAGCAUUCUCUGUUGUCGAGUCCAAAGAAAUGAAGGAUGUUAUGGAAGUACAAGGUUUGAAUGAUAGUGAUAGUGUGCGCCAUGCAAAAGUGGGAAGACUUUCUCAAGAAAGCUCUGCAUGUAGUUUAAGCAGCAGAUGUAGCAGAUUGGAUUCUGGAUUGCAGUGUCAUGAUGCAAACUUUGAUAUACAGAAUGGCCUAUCUAUUCCAUCUUCUGCAAUAUGGUUGAUUUUUGAGUGCCUAAAAUCUAUGGAGGUUUGGUUGGAACUAGAAAUUGCUCCAAGGAACAAUUCCUUUGCUCCUGACGCUAUUAGUAGCAGUGGUUGUAAUCCCUUGACUUUGAGAAAAAAGUUUUUUAGAAAAAAGGAGGGUGCAAAAAAUAAUAAGGUUUACAGGAUAUCUGUGUCUGGUCAGGAUAUGAAUGCAGACCAAGUGCCUACCCCUAGCGAGCAGCAUGGGAGGCCUACCCAUCCUCUUAUUCAUGGUAUAACUGGUGGUAAUGUGAUGGAUGUUGAUGACACCACUGACAUGUCUUCUGAUCAUGCUUCUACGAGUGGAUUGUCCGAUGAUAGUCUUCUGGAAACAGACCUUGGUACAGAACCGGAAGCAUUGGGUAUCUUGAAUAUGGCUAACUGGCCUGAUAUAGUUUAUGACAUCAGUUCACAGGAGAUAUCUUUUCACAUUCCUCUGCAUCGUUUGCUUUCAUUGCUAUUGAGAAUAGCAAUGAAAACAUGUUAUGGUGAAAGUGAAAAGUUGGAGAAGGCAAUUGUGAUAUCUUCAAUUCCUUCAUCAGCAUAUUACCAUGAAUUUUUUUGGCAGGCUUUGGGUAGUUUACAGCCUUAUGGAUUUUCUGCUUUUGUGAUGGAGCAUCCGCUAAGGUUAAGAGUAUUUUGUGCUCAAGUGCGUGCAGGCAUGUGGCGUAAAAAUGGUGAUGCUGCCAUAUUUAGUUCUGAGUUGUAUCGUUCUGUGCAAUCGUUGGAACAAGGGCUAGCAUCUGAUCUAUUUUUGUUACAGUGCUGUGCUGCAUUAGCUCCUCCAGAGUUGUUUGUCAGGAGGAUUCAAGAAAGAUUUGGAUUAUCAAAUUAUACAUCUCUGAAUCUGGCAGAACAUAAUGAGUAUGAGCCGAUUCUGGUACAGGAAAUGCUCACUUCCAUCAUACAAAUAGUAAAAGAACGGCGUUUCUCUGGACUUUCUCUAGUCGAAAACUUGAAGAGAGAAUUGGUAUAUAAGUUAGCUAUUGGAGAUGCUACUCAUAGCCAGCUGGUAAAAGCACUUCCUCAUGAUCUUUCCAAGAGUGAUCAGCUUCAAAAUGUUGUUGAUAUGCUUGCAGUGUAUUCAAAUCCCUCUGGCAUGAAGCAGGGUAAAUAUUCUCUUCAUAAAGCAUCCUGGAAAGAAUUGGAUCUGUAUCAUCCCCGCUGGAAUUCUAGGGAUUUACAGGUUGCUGAGGAGAGAUAUUUCCGGUUCUGCAAAGUUUCUGCACUUAAUAUUCAGCUUCCUCGAUGGACUGCUAUCUUUGAACCAUUGACUACAAUUUCUAGAAUUGCCACAUCAAAAGCAGUUCUUGAAAUUGUUCGCGCGGUUCUAUUUUAUGCUGUUUUCACGGAGAUGUCGCCAGUAUCUCCUGCUCCUGAUGAUGUUCUUAUAACAGCAUUGCAUUUACUCUCUUUAGCAUUAGAUAUAUGUGAUUCACAGAGUCGUGAUAAUCAGUCAUGCAUGAGCUUUUCCCAUCAUGCAGAAGAUUCUUUUCCUAUAUUGAAGUAUGCUAGUGAAGAAUUUGAUGUGGGUGCCUCUAAUGAGUUGCCUUUCUGGAAGAAUCAAUGCUUGCUGUCACUGCUAGUUUCAUUAAUGAGGAAGCAUAAGGAAGAAAGUUAUAAGAGUUUUCCUGAGACAAGGCAGUGUGAUAUUUCUUCUCUGAUUGAGAAUUUAUUGAAGAAGUUUGCUCAGCUGAGUACUGAUUGCAUGGGUGCCCUGAAGCAACUGGAACCAGAUAUGGUCUUUCGAAUGCUUCAGCAGUUUCCUGACAAUACCAUUCAGAAUUCGGCAUCAGCUUCUGAUACUGAGCGUAGGGCAAAAGCACGAGAGCAUCAAGCUGCUAUAAUGGCAAAAAUGAGAGCUGAACAAUCAAGAUUUAUUGCCAGCCUUGAGUCCAUGGUUGGUCAUGGACAAGAUGUUCCAAUAUCCAAGCAGGAAAUAUCAAUUUCAGAAGUCGAUCAUGUCUCUGAGGAAUCAGCACCACUUUGUGCCCUUUGUCAUGAUCCAGAUUCACAGAGUCCGUUAUGCUUCCUGAUUCUUAUCCAGAAAUCUCGGCUUACAACUUUUGUUGAGAGAGGUCCACCAUCGUGGGAAGAUGGAGGCCAGUCUGAUGGGAAGAUACAAUCAGUUGGAAAAGAAGGGGUUGUUAAUCCAUCUAGUGCUGACUCAAGCAGUCCAGCACAGUUGGUUCAGAAUGCAGGCGUUGAUUUUUCUAUUGAUAUAGAACCUGCAGAAGGCAAUGCAUUUCUUGACUUUUCUGAAGAACAGCUUCCUGAUAUUAGAAACAUUCAAAGGCCUACUGUAUCAUGCGAUAAUGGCGCAGACACUACAUUGUCUCUUGAGAUGAUGGAGGAUGAAAUCUAUCAGUCUAUUGUAGGGGACAUGCAAAGUAUUGAAUCCCAUACAGAGGCACUGAAUGGUGAGCAGACACGUUCUACUUUAUAUGUUCCAGUAGGUUCAAAGAAAAGUAGAAACAUAGAGUUUUCUGUGCUCGGGGAGUACAUUGCAUAUUUGUCAAGAGAGACUUCAAAACAUCAAUCUUCCAUUUAUGGUCUGCAGUGUCUUGCAAAUGUAUCAUCAAAGCCUACAUCAACUGCUAAAUUUAAGAGAUUUGGUCCAAGCGACUGCAAUGGGAUUCAUAUUUCUUCUUGCGGGCAUGUUGUGCAUCAGGAUUGUCAUGAUCGAUAUCUAUCAUCCUUGAAACAACGAUACAUUAGGAGGCUUGGUUUUGAGGGAGUUCACAUUGUGGACCCAGAUGUGGGAGAGUUACUUUGCCCAGUAUGUCGUAGAUUUGCGAAUUCUAUCCUUCCUGCAUUCCCUUGUACUUCUAAUAGUGCCUGGAGGAAUAUGGCGACCUCAAUCAAUAGUGCAACACCGACUAAUAUAUCAUCAUCAAUCUCAUCAGAUUUGGUUGGUGGCAUUUUAUGCCUUCCCCUUGCAUUAUCUAUUCUUCAAAGCACAUCGAAAGUGGUUGGACAGAGCGGAUUCCUCGAAGCCUACUCUGGAAAGCCAAGGGAAACCAUAGAACCAGCUCUCGAGCCCACCCUUCAAAAAUUGUUUAUACUCUAUUAUCCUCGCAGUUAUGGGAGCUUGUUAGCAUCUGGUCGGCUUAGUCAUUCCCUGAUUCUCUGGGAUACACUUAAGUACUCGAUUAUAUCUACAGAAAUUGCUGCUCGUGGAAGGCUAAACAUGCAUUCCACUGGUUCAAAGUCUUGCCUCGAAUCUUUAUAUGGUGAACUCCAUUCUUCUAGUGGAUUCAUAUCAUCAUUGCUACUUCAUGUUGCUCAAUCUGCUCGCAGUUUAAAUCCUCUUGAAGUGCUUCUGAGGUUCAGAAGCAUUCAACUUCUAGCAGGGUCAAUCUGUUCUGGUGUGUCAGGGGACAACAAUUUAUCAAAUGCUGAUAAGCCAAGAGGUACAUUCUCUUCUGUACUGGAAUGUGCUGACAGUGGAGGAGCCUUUCCCGACUCUCAGUUUUGGAAACAAGCUGCUGAUCCUAUCCUUGCUCAGGAUCCUUUUUCUUCAUUAAUGGCUGUCCUUUUUUGCCUUCCACUUCCAUUUAUAUCAUCAAGUGCAUACUUCAUCCCUCUUGUGCAUCUCUUCUACGUGGUCUGUGUUGUUCAGGCAUUGAUUACAUGCUAUGGCAAACAUGAUUUUGACAUAUCGAGCUUUGGUGACUGCCUUCUUAAUGAUGUUUCCAAGACUAUGGCGGAAUCUGAACUUGUUAGACAGUAUUUUGUCUCAAAUUAUAUUGAUACCUCUUGUCAUCCGAAGGAUAUGAUCCGCAGAUUAACAUUUCCUUAUCUACGAAGAUGUGCAUUACUCUGGAAAUUGCUAAAAUCCUUGAGGUUGGUCCCACUCUAUGGUAGCUUUUGUAUGUGGGAAGGAUCGAAUCUAUAUACAAGCAGUGACGCAUUAGAUACUGCUAACUGCCUUACAGUAGAGCUUAAUGGAAUAAAGGAAUUGGAGGAUAUGUUUGAGAUUCACUCAUUGGAAUUGGUUCUGAAGGAUGAGGUCGUGCAUGCUUUAUCCUUGAGAUGGUGUGAGCAUUUCCUCAAGGAGAUCAGAGUUUGUGAAAAUAGAGGUGUCUUAUUUUCCACUCCGGCAGUUCCCUUUAAGUUGAUGCAAUUACCUCGGGUUUACCAGGAUCUCUUGCAAAGGUAUGUAAAGUUACCAUGCUCUGAUUGCAAGUCUAUCCCAGAGGAACCUGCAUUGUGCUUGCUUUGUGGUAAAUUAUGUUCUCCAAACUGGAAGCCAUGCUGCCGGACGAUGAGUAAAUGCCAAAAUCAUGCGAUGGACUGCGGUGCUGGCAUAGGUGUUUUUCUGUUGGUCAGGAGAACCACGAUCUUAUUGCAGAGAUUUGCAAGGCAAGCCUUUUGGCCAUCUCCCUACCUGGAUGCCUUUGGUGAAGAGGAUCUUGAUGUAAGAAGAGGAAAACCUUUGUAUUUGAAUGAGGAGCGCUAUGCAGCUCUUACGUUUUUGGUGGCAUCUCAUGGUCUUGCUUGGACCUCUGAAGUGCUUCGGCAAACAACCAUUGGUUUUUGGGGUGCUGAUUAGAACAUUCAAAUGAAUUCUUUGCGAAGAAACAGGUUCGACAGAUGUAGUUCCACUCAUCCAUCUUACACUGAAAUCAUCUUUGGAGUGCUGGCUGUUGGUGGAGAAUGGAGCACUGACUCGCAGGCUUCAUGCGUGACACUCUCAUUGUCGGUUUCAUGAUGCAUCUGUUUGUUGAGAGAGAGAGCACCUAGGCCUUCUAUUUCUCACCUUAUUAUCUGCUAAUUUCAUACAAUUUUCGGUACGAGUGACUGAAAUUGUAUGGCUUUAUCCUACCUCUCAGUCUGCUGUAUUGAGACUUGGAAUCGUGUGGGUUUUCGACCCAGUUAUGCAAGCUGUACAGUACAGGUGAUAUGGGAUUGCGAAGUACUGUUCGUUUGCAAUUUUAUAGUGGAGUCCAUUUUGGCUGCAUGUGUAUUUAAUGGGAAGGAUUCCAUUGAUUCUAUUAAAUCAUGAACAUGCUAAUGUGUAUU